CUUGGCGCCAUAGCACGAACUUGCAUGAGUGAACCAAGCCCAGAGACGGUCCCGGCGGCAACGGACUACGCCGCCUUCGGACAAGAAAGCAUCAAGAUGCUGACUGACCGCGCCUCAAGCAAGGAUACCUCCAUCAAAUGGAGUCUCGUGAAGCAGUACGAUGGCAUUGACAUCUCCCGCGGUGUCGUGGAAGGAAACGACUGGAAUGCCAUCAAGGCAGUGGGGAUUGUCCGUUGCGCCGCACGAUUUCUCGCAGACCGGUUGACAGAUCCCAACGAAAUGAAGUCGUUCGACAACAACACGGACGUUUGUGAUGUCUUGGACGACGUCGACGACCACACCAAGGUGCUGCAUGUGCGGGCCAAGGCCGUCUUCCCCACCACCGCGCGGGACUUUGUCGUAGUGACCGCAAUAGGACACCUCGCCGACAAGUCGACCAUCGUGAUUGCAUCGCGGUCUGUGGAACAUGCCCACGCUCCCAUCGACCCAUGCUAUGUUCGGGCGACGACGUACUUGUCCGGAUACCUUCUUCGACCGACGUCGCCGUCGUCAUGCGAAGUGACGAUGCUGGUGCACAUGAAUCUGGGCGGUUCCUUGCCCUCGUUCAUCAUCAAUAUGCUAGCAGUCGAUGCCCCCAUUCACCUCCUCGGCAAGCUUCGUACGUUGUACGCAGAGGUCGAGCACGAUAUCGACGAAGAUUAGAACGACCGAUGUAACAUGCAGCACCGGCAGUACGACUGGAGGAACACUGCCGACCGGCGUAGACGUCAAGCAUGAUGUAUACCAUUGCAAAUAUAUAUAUAUAUAUACACUUGUCUGUUUCCAAA